AUGGAUCCAUCUUAUGCAUGGACUGCCCUUAGCCGUCCUUUCUUCCAUCAGCUUAUUACUGUACAGCUGCCUGGUUGUCUUGCUGCUGCUGCUCCUGCUACUCCUCCUGCUGCUGCUGCAGCUCCUGCACCAGCAACAGCAGCAGCAGCAGCAGCAGGAGUAGCAGGAGCAGCAGCAGCCGAAGAAGUGCCGCUGCAGCAAUUUGUGAAGGUUCAGCUCCUCUUAGCUCUGCUGCGGUGCGGCCUCUCCCGUCUAGCUGCUGUGCAGCAGCAGCAGCAACAGCAACAGCAACAGCAGCAGCAGCAGCAGCAGCAAGUAGCAGCAGCAACAACAACAGAUUGGCCUGAUUGGGCAGCACCGGAGGCAUGCUCCCUUAGUGCUGUCGUUGCAUGCAACAACCAUGGCAGCAACUGCAGCAGCCCCACAGUUGCUGCUGCUGCAGCAGCUGCUGCAGCAACUUGUGCAGCAGAAUGCAGUGUUGCAGCAGAAGCAGCAGCAGCAGCAGCAGCAAAUGCUGCUGCUGCUGCUGUAACCAAUGGGAGUACUAGUUGCUGCGGGCAGCUAAGAGAUCUCUCCUUCUCUUUGAAGUCUCUCGUUGUUACUGGUCGCUACUCGAAGUUUACUCGUCUUCUUAGUCAGGCCGAGUGGAUUAUUGGUGGACAGAGGAAGUUGGAUAUGUCGGUAGAAGAAGCUUUGGGGCUUCCGCUGCAGCAAAUAUUUAAAGCAAAGACUUUUAAAUUCAUGGCUGCAGGCAGAGAAGACGCAGACGUGCAUGCUGAAGGGCAGAUGCAGGAUCCUUUACCCUGCCCCAAGCGCUGCCGCAAGGAGACAGCAGCAACAGGGGGAGCAGCAGCAGCAACAGGUGCUCCUGCUGCUGCUGCUGCUUCUUGUGCUGCUACUACAUCAGCUGCAGCAGCAGCAGCAGGGAGUGUUGAGGACAUCGAUGGGCUGCUGCUGCAGUGCAUGCAGCAGCAGGAGGGCAGCAACAAUCGUCUCCUUCCUUUUUGCUGCAGAGACUCCAAUAGAGCAGCAACACGUGUUGCUGCAGUGCUGCUUAAUCAGAAGACACAUCAGCAGCAGCAGCAGCAGCAGCAGAAGCAGGGUAUCAAUGGGGCAGACCCUACAGAUAGCAGCAGCAACAGCAGCAGCAGCAGCAGCAACAGCAGCAGCACGCUUUUGAAUCUGUGUGCCGCAUCACGUACCCCAUUGGGAAAGUCCCUUCGCAGCAACAACAGCAGCAGCAAUUCAGCAGCAGCAGCAGCUGCUGCUGCUGCUGCUGCUGCUGCAGAUUCUGUUGCUGUGUCCGCGCAGCAGCUACAAUUUCAUUGCAACAGCAAGUUGCUGCGGCUAGCGCUGCAGCUAGGGGCAGAGGAGAAGGUAAAAUGUUAUGAGGCCUUAGUGUUUAGCUACAAGCCGCUGCAGCAGCAGCAACUGCAGCAACUGCAGCAGCAACUGCAGCAGCAAGGAGGCAUGCAAAUCCAUCAAAGGACACCAUUGCGUGUCUUACAUAGGAGGGCAUUAGCAUCAAGGUACGGAUAUUAA